AGUGGUGCCGAGUCCCCGAGCCGCGCGGCUCUGCCACCCGCUGACGCACGGUCGAAAAGUUGCGCUCCAACCUUCUCCCUCCUCCUACUCUCUUCCUGGGGCCUGGCUGUUUGUGGAGUUGGAGCCGGGCGGGGAGGAGCCGGCUCCCCACACCACCCGGUGCCCGGCGCGGGUGGCGGCUCGAGGGCCCGCGUCCCCAGGACUGCGGCACAAACUUUCCCGGCUGUUUGGGGAUACUUGUCCGGAGAGUCCCGCAUUUGGAGGGAGGAGCAGCCGGGUCCGCGGACAGAUCUUGGAAGCCUUCUUCUGGGAGUUUCCAGAAGUGCCCAGUGUUGGAGAAAUCUUUUCUGUUGCUCUGGUACAGUGGAGAGAGCAAAUACAGCUCAGCAGUAGGCUCCUGAAGAGAGCAAUCACAGGUUUCAGAAGAUGACAGUGAAAUGUGAAGAAGUUACGUUUCUUAUGUGAUACUUGAAAGUUAGUGACUGCUUGCCAAAUUUUCCUGAAAGUUAAAUAUGACUUAGAAGCACUGAUUUAUGAAGACUUAUGAUGUCAUCAGUUACGACGGAAAACAAACUCCAGCAGGCCGUGAGCCUGCAGGGAGUAGACCCAGAAACAUGCAUGAUUGUAUUUAAAAACCACUGGGCACAGGUCGUGAAAAUCUUAGAGAAGCAUGACCCCUUGAAGAACACCCAGGCAAAAUAUGGGUCCAUCCCUUCAGAUGAGGCCAGUGCUGUACAGAAUUAUGUAGAACACAUGCUCUUUUUGCUGAUCGAAGAGCAAGCCAAGGAUGCUGCAAUGGGGCCAAUUCUGGAAUUUGUGGUCUCAGAGAACAUCAUGGAGAAGCUCUUUCUUUGGAGCCUGCGGAGGGAAUUUACUGAUGAGACUAAAAUCGAGCAGCUCAAGAUGUAUGAGAUGUUGGUCACCCAGUCCCACCAGCCUCUGCUGCACCACAAGCCCAUCCUGAAGCCCCUGAUGAUGUUGCUGAGCUCUUGUUCGGGAACAACCACACCCGCCGUGGAGGGGAAGCUGGUUGUCCUGCUCAAUCAGCUUUGUUCCAUCCUUGCCAAAGAUCCCUCUAUCCUGGAACUCUUCUUCCACACUAGUGAGGACCAAGGGGCCGCCAACUUCCUCAUCUUCUCCCUUCUGAUUCCCUUCAUUCACCGAGAGGGGACAGUAGGUCAGCAGGCCCGGGAUGCUUUGCUGUUCAUCAUGUCCCUGUCUGCCGAAAACAGCAUGGUGGCCCAUCACAUUGUGGAGAACACCUACUUUUGUCCAGUACUUGCAACCGGGCUCAGUGGUCUCUACUCUUCCCUGCCUACCAAGCUAGAAGAGAAGGGUGAGGAGUGGCACUGCCUUCUGAAAGACGACUGGCUCCUGCUCCCUCCUCUCGUCCAGUUCAUGAACUCCCUGGAGUUCUGCAACGCCGUCAUCCAGGUGGCUCACCCCUUGAUUCGCAAUCAGCUUGUCAAUUAUAUUUACAAUGGAUUUUUGGUACCAGUCUUGGCUCCUGCGCUCCACAAGGUGACUGUGGAGGAGGUCAUGACCACAACUGCGUAUCUGGACCUUUUCCUGCGUAGUAUCUCCGAGCCAGCGCUACUUGAGAUCUUCCUUCGUUUUAUCCUCUUGCACCAGCAUGAGAACGUCCACAUCCUAGAUACCCUCACGAGCCGAAUCAACACCCCAUUUCGGCUCUGUGUGGUGUCCCUGGCAUUAUUUAGAACUCUUAUCGGUUUACAUUGCGAAGAUGUGAUGUUACAACUAGUUCUAAGGUACUUGAUCCCUUGCAACCACAUGAUGCUGAGCCAGAGGUGGGCCGUGAAGGAGAGAGACUGCUACUCUGUGUCUGCGGCCAAGCUGCUCGCCCUGACCCCCGUCUGCUGCUCCAGCGGGAUCACCCUGACGCUUGGCAACCAGGAGAGGGAUUAUAUUCUCUGGUCGAAGUGGACACACGAUAGUGCAGGGAUUGCUGAGCAGCCACCGGCCGAGGCGUUCUCUCCGUCGGCCUGCAUCGUGGAGUACGGCAAAGCCCUGGACGUCAGCUACCUGCAGUACCUGUGGGAGGCCCACGCCAACAUCCUCUGCUGCAUGAGGGACUGCCGAGCCUGGUCCGCCCUGUAUGACGGAGACUCUCCCGACCCUGAGACCUUUUGCCAGGGUCUGACAGAGGACAGUGCUCUCACCCCCACCUAUCCGGUGUUCCGGCUCCCGCAGCAGCUCCCCAGGAAGACCGGCCCCGUGCUGGCUCCAAGAAAGGACAAGAGCCAGACGGAACUGGAGUGGGAUGAUAGCUAUGACACGGGCAUCUCCUCAGGGGCAGACAUGGGUUCCCCUGGGCCUUUGGAUGAUCUGGAGAAUUCGGGCCCGCCGGCACCUGUCGAUCCCCCCAAACACAUCCAGGAGAUGAAGAAGAAUGCCAUCCUGCUCUUCAAAGGGUCCUACAUCGAGGAGUCUGACUUUCAGGAUGAUGUGAUGGUGUACAGGCUGUGUGCCGAGAAGGACGCUGAGGACACGAGGGAUUCCCAGGAGGGGAGCGUGAGGCCCUCCAGCCCAACCCAGACUGACGAUCGGGGGCCCCCUCUGAGCAACGGCCCCCUGCCCCGUGCUCAGUCAGAAACAGACUCAGAGGAGGAACAGAACAGGGACAGUUCAGACCCGUUUCAAAAUGUAUCCGAGGAAACAAAACAAGAAGACGAGCCUGAGACAGCCCUAGAAUCGAUCUCCGAGUCAGAGCCUCCCCUCUCCGAGGCGGAACACAGUUCAGACCCAAUGGAGGUGAACCUGGGGGCUGAUGAUUUCAUUGCCCAGUAUGACCAAAUCAUUAAGGAACUGGAUUCUGGCACCGAGGGCUCGACAGAACAGAAGUUCCCCUCCCCUGAUCUCUUGAAUCUCUCGAAAGAGCACGAGGGGAAGGAAGAAGAGAGUGAAGGAGAAAAGGAGGAAGCAGAAGAGGGGAAGAAAGCCCUGGAAGAGGAAGAGGAUGACUUUGAUUCUUUUAUAGCAGAAACCCCCACCACGGAUACCGUGCCAUCCCCGUUUGGGGCGAGAGAUGAGCCUGCCUUUGCCAGUCACCGUCCUGUGAGGACACAGAGCACCCCAUUCACAGGCCCCUUCAUCAGCGUGGUUUUGUCGAAGCUGGAGAACAUGCUGGAGAACUCUCUCCACGUUAACUUGCUGCUCAUCGGGAUCAUCACGCAGCUGGCCAGCUACCCCCAGCCGCUCCUGCGCUCCUUUCUGCUCAACACCAACAUGGUCUUCCAGCCGAGCGUGCGUUCUCUCUACCAGGUCCUCGCAUCGGUGAAAAACAAGAUCGAGCAGUUUGCUUCCGUGGAGAGAGACUUCCCAGGGCUCCUCAUACAAGCCCAGCAGUACCUGCUCUUCCGAGUGGACAUGUCUGACUUGACCCCCGAGUCGCUAACCAAAGAUCCCAUUCAGGAUGCUUCCAGGACAGGAAUCGGCAAGAACCUUUUGGAUGGUCCCCCAAGAGUGCUUCAGCCCUUCCUGACAAACAGAGCCAAGGUGGCUGGGGUGCCCCCAAGCCUGCCCCUGCCAGUGAGGAACACCAUGCUGGCUGCUGCCCUCUUCCCUGAGUUCCUCAAGGAACUGGCUGCCUUGGCCCAGGAACACUCCAUUCUGUGCUACAAGAUCCUGGGUGACUUUGAGGACUCCUGUUGUUAGCUUUUCUUUUUUUUUUUUUUAAUAGAGGUUCUUGUUUUUUAAGGUUUUAGUGUCUUGACUGAAUGUUAAAUGCAAAGCUGCUUACAGAAAUUUCUACUUUGAUAUUUCCUGACAAUACUUGAUUUGCGGGGAGGGCGAUUUUCUGUCUACCUCCUCUCUCUCUAGCCGGGUCUUUCCACCUUCUGUAGAAUGUCAGUCUCAUAAGCUGUGGCUCCUUUGGCAGGUUUUCUUUCUUCCCCCUCAAGAUUUUCGGUUGUUAUCCUCCCAUCCCGGUGAGUCACUCCUCUUGCAGCUCAGAUCACACUAAGCAAACACUGGGGUUUGGUGGCUUCUGGAAGUACCCCAUGUCAGAAGGCUAAUAAGCUCUUCAACAGCCGGGAAGACGGCCCAUCUCCAUUGCCUUCUGCAUCUGGGCUCCAUUUUAUAAAAGGGAAGAAUAAAGAUGGAGCCCCUCUUGCCUCCAUCACACACAGCUUCCGUCCCUUUGCAUUUUCCUUCCAAGGUUUGCACUCUGCCCAACACGUUGCCUUAUGGUGCAGGCAAACCCACUGGUCUCCGCUCUCUGCUGGGAAGUCAGAUGGGGUUGCGGAGAAUUUGGAAUGCGGGGAGACCUUCUUGUUGCUUGAGAGCUUUCUUUAAUCGGUGUAUCACUACCUAAACACUGGAAACAGCCUUAUUUUAGUAAGAUUUGCACAAAAUGAAAUCUACUUAUGCAAACUGUUACAUUGGUUUUUAGAAGUCUAAUCUGAUGAAGAAAGCAGGGUAUCAUAUACGUAUCAUUAUUUUUUAAGUGUUUUCUGAAAGGAAAACAAAUGAACUGGUGAAGCUGUUUCACAGGGGGCUUUUUGGUGGGGGUGCUCAGCAGGAGUAUGAAGUGGGGAGAAAAGGAUAAAGGUAAACUAGAUGCAAGUUGUAAAGACACUGGCGAUUAUUUUAGAUUCUGUUCAUGUCCUCUCCCGUGUUGCACUUUGCAGAGAAACAGGAACUGGACGGCCACUCUGGGACCUGGGAUGUGAGUGUGGACAGGUCACGGGGAACCCUGCAAAGCCCAGUGCCUGCCAGUGACUCACUGCAUGCAGCAGUGCUGCCUUCUGAGUAAUGGGGUUCAUUAGAAGGUCCCAACAUGAUGCAUUAGCGCCUUUGUGCUGCUUGGCUGCCUGCUCCAAGAGGUGCAAUUACGCUUAGCACCGGUCUCCUUAAGCCACCAAAAUAACUGUGCGUUAAAGAUGAGACCAUAAACAGCUGAUGUCUGUGGAUAUUCAGCACUGCCCCCCUCUUUGGGCAGGUGAAAAGCACAAAACAAGGGUGAUGGGCCUCCCUGUUGGGGGGGAAAGUGGAAGCCCCAGGUCUCCUUUUUUUUUUUUUUUGCAGCCCUACGUGUGGUGCCAGGAGUGUGGGUCUGGGCUUAAUCAGGUGCCGGGGGUGGGGGUAGGGGAGCAGAAUCACAACCUAGACCCUGCAGGGCAAAGACUGCUGCCCUUCUCUGCCUUGUGUGGAUCUUGGAGCAGCUCUGUGUAGAGAGAGAGCCAGCCCAUUGAAUGAGGGCCCCUGUCUGUCUUGAAAAAUGGUCUGCCCCGCUGUGGUCCACAGUGGGAACGUCUGUGGCCCAACAGACUGGCCGGUUUGUGGCUUCCUGGCAAUCACUGGUACUGGCAAACCUCCAGCUCUUCCCUGGAAAAGAAGGUGACUUAAGGUAGAGACAAAGGGACAGGAAGAUGGAAUUUAAGCUGUAAUUUAUUUUCCUCUAGCUUUGUUUUGCACAAGUGUUUAUCUUCCAGUUUGGACAUACCAGGUAUGUAAAAUGCAAACGUCAUACCUGGAAAAGUGUAUUUCUUAGCUUUUUGAUGUGAUGCACACCUGUCUCCCUUAUCUGUUAUUGGCAUUGAUUCUUCUUCAGUCUGUGUUGCUUUAUCAUAGAACUCCACAGCCUCGAGUAGAAGGUGCCCUUUUAGGAAAGACAUGGCUUUUGUGCCUCCUAGCAUUUUUUAAAAAAUAGGUACUGAACUAGACUCACCUUAAAGGAGGACAGGGAUGACUAGUGUCUGGGGUGGGAGGCAGGAAAAUUAACUCCUGCUCAGUCGGUGGGGUGGGGGGCGCUGGUAGCAAACUCACAUGAUAACCCUAUUUGGAGUUGGGGACUGGUUCAUCUUUCUGAAUCCAGUAUAGGCUUCCUCCAGAGUAUGGUGUUCAGGGGUUUUCAAAAUGAAGUCAGAAAUAUGACUGGGAAAUACAUUAUGGAGACCUGGAAAACCCCACACGGUAAGGGAAACAGCCAGGUGGCUUAGCUGAGGAUGGUUCAGGGAAUGGUGUGGACAUAAAAGGAGAAACAGCAGAGGCCUGAGGCCGUAAAUAGGAGAAGGACAAAUCCUGAGGUGUUCGGAGGAAAGAGCUUUGAUCUAGGCAGAUUUGAAGAUACUGCCCAGCAGGUGGGUGAUGAUGGGAAUGCCUUGGUGGGGAAAAAAGAAGGAAGUAGAAUAUUCUAAUCAAAGUUAUAGGUGAAAACAAAUUUAGAAAUUUGUUUUUUUCUCACGUGUUUGGGAAAAAUCUGUGAAGAUACUGGCAUGCUUUAAAAAGUGGCCACAGAGUGUGGUCACUUCUCCCCGUGGCAAGCUCCCCCUCAGAUGCUGUGGUACUUGCUGGAGGGCACAGUUUUGCCGCAGCCCUGAGGUUGGCGUCGCUGUGUCUAGCGUGAUGGUCCUGGGCAGCAAAAGCGACUGGAAGGUUCCUGGAACCUCACACAUAAAUUUCAAUUCAUAGUGCUGGGUCUGAGGUAAAGUUCUAGAUAGAGUGACUUUUAUGAUUCAGAGUAUAUGCGAGCAAUGGGAUAUUUAAAAUCGACUUUUGGAAAUCACCAAGUAAAUGUUUUUAAAAUUUCAAGCAAAGAAAUUCCAGGUGAGUUUAGCCUAAAAUACGGUUUCUUGGGGGAUACAUUACAAUUCCUCAGCCAUGAAAUGGGGAUGCUGGAGUAACCAGUUAAAGAGAUGGGAUUUUCGUUAUCAAUAGAGAACUUCCUUUCCUCAGUAUUUAGAGGAAUCAUGAAACUGCUGCCCUUUUGCUUUGUACUGUCUUGGAAAAUAAUUUGAUAUAUUGAUGGGUUGGAACUGAGGGCUCUGUCGUGUGUAGGGAGGGCGCGUUCAGGUCUUUCCUGGGUUCCCAGGAGUACCUUUGUGGCUAGUGGCUUUAAUUUAGAACAGAUGUAGUUGAUUUCCAAUCUGCUGAGACCUUGUGGAGCCGUGGUGUUGUCAGGAGAGCGACCUCGCGGGAACAGGUUCCAAAAACAGGACACGAGAGUAUUUGGGUUGCCUGUUCCAUUUGGGCAGCCAGCGGUCCUCAGGGUGGAGAGCUGUUUUGAUGUCUCUGAAUGUGCUUUGUUGCCAUGGUCAUGUUGGGUUGACGUCCAGCUCUGUUCCGAAGUGCGUGCUUGUGGAAGGGCUGUGCAUUCUCCGUCCGGAUCCGUGUGCCUAGGUCACUCUUGGGACGGAGGGGCUGCAUGGGGGUGGGGGUGGAGGCCACGGCGCAGGUGUUACCGGAAGUGUGUCCAGCAUAAGCUCUGGUUCUCAUUUAAGGGCAGCUCGGAUUAAUUGCUAAUUACCGGCCCUGCAUUUAUUGACAUGGCUCUCAAGCUUGCCAUUUUUAUGAAACAUUCUAUUGCAGAACAGCUAUUCUUGCAUGUGCUCCUUCAGGUCAGUGGCUGGGGCCGGCAUACCUGUGGCUUGCUGUGAAUCUCAGCCAGCUCUGCAGUGUUGGCUUUUCCUGGAAGCUGUUGUCCUCUGGCAGCUGGGGCCACCGCCGCUCUCAGUCCCUGAGAAGAUCCUUGCAAGUCCCUUCCUGCUUCAGCCCUCAUUCUGUUAACCACAGCCCUCGCUGUCCAUCAGUUCACAGCCUAACACAGAACACUGUAGUACCGGUUUCUACUCUAGCCUUAAAUCACAUCAUCGAGGAAGCAUUUUUAGAAAAUGGAGUUGGGAAAAAAAAAAUGGAGUUGAUUUUCUUUUUUUCCCUCUAAACCGGAUUUAGAGCAAGCUCUUUGGAAGACUUAAGAAUUGUUUUGGGCAAUUUUGCCUCAGUGAAUCCUCUCUAUGUUCAGGCGUUUGUUAGGCCAUUUCUUGUUUCAGAGAAUGGAUUACCCUGGCGGCUCAUUAACUGGAUGAACAUGGCGUUAGUGAAAUACUUUUGGUGAGGUUCUGCAGGGAGGAAGGUGGGGACGGGGCGGGGGAAGCCUUUAGUUCCUUGGUGCCUGUAGUUAGGAUGCUAAGAAAGAUGAUGAUUUUAGCUAGGACUGACCCUUCGCAUCCCACUGGGUUAUUGUGUAUUUCGUUCCUGUCUCAAGACAUGUGAGUAUACCUAACUCACUGUCAGCCACACAAGUUACCAGACCGCCCAGAGGCAUGGUCAGUAUGCGUUCAGUGUGUCAUUCAGGCAUCUUUUGGGGAGCUUAAAUUUACUAUGUCAUUUCAGAACCUGACAAGGGUGAUGGAAGCUCUUGGGCCAGAUUAUAAAUUUCAUGGAGCUGAGGCUGCAAAAGUCCGUGCUUCUGAGUGUGUCUGCUUUUUAUUGGGACAAGUCUGUAAAAGACCUGUAACAAGGCCCCUUUCUGCCCUGGAGAUAUUUUUAAGAGGUAAUUUGGUGUUGCUCUUACUUAAAUGAUUUUUGCUAAAUUGUUUGACUAAGGGAGUCAAGACAGAAUUUCAGAGAUUCUAUCCAUCUCUCACUUAAGGGUCAGCCAUGUUCACAAAUAACCCAUGAAUACGUUUGUCUAAGAUCUGCCAGAGAAGCAUGGUGGCCGUUUCUGUGCUGCUCCUGGUACUGGGUAAAUAAUGUGGCCUUUGAGACAGACUCAGUGUGUGUUUUUUUCCCAAGAGUCACUGUGUAGAAUCCUUGAAAUGAUGCAGCACAUUCAACAGAAAUGAAAAAGAUGAUAUGAAUUGUGGGUCAUUCCCAUAAGCUGUGUAUUGAAUUAACUCAAAGCUCUAGGAGGGUGUGAACUUAAAAAAAUUCCAUUGCCCAAAAAAAAAAAAAAAAAAAAAAAAAAAAAUUCCAUUGCCUUAUUCCAGAUAAGCAAUAUUUACAAAAGUGUACAUGUGUAAGCUCAGCUAAAACUUGCUAAACUUGGUAUAAAUAAUAAUUAGCUUCCUCUUCCUGGGGCAUUUUUACUUUGAAAGACAUUAAGAGAAGUUCACCUUGAUACAUAAGCCUGGACAGAGUCAAGAAGCUCCUUCCCAGACCCAGAUGUCCAGAAUUUAAAAGCCUACUUGUUGGCAGCACCAACCUCUCAUACCAAAAGUCCCCACAAAAGGCUGUUUGCUAAUUUUGCUUUAUAAAUUUAAUCAACAUUUGCUAAAGUUAUUCUGUGCCAGGUAGUGUGCUGAGUGUUGAGGCUGACAUUCCUGACCUCCCACCAGAACCAACCAACCUCCUUGUCAAGUAACAGAACACAUGGUUUGGGCAUGGCCAGGUAAAGCUGGUUCACACCGACCUGGGGAAGAGCCAGUUUUCCAGCACAUUCCCCUCUCAGCCUAUAGGUGUAUGGAUUCCAAUGACAGAUGGCAAUGGCUUUACCGAGGACACCACUCCUACAUUUUAAUGAGAUUUUCAUUGGAACAGCAAACAAAGAAGCAGACUGAAUUCUCACUCAUGCAAAGAUGUAUUUAAAACUGUAUUUUGAGGUCUGUUUAUGAGCAGAGCCAUACUCUGUGAAUUUCUGACAUUGUUAUGCAAACAUAUCUUUUGAAUAUACAAUCAGAUUCCAAGGAUGAUAUCUGAGCUAUGCUUUGAUUUCACUUUUUUUAUUAGCAGUUGUAACAUUAGUAUUAUUAAUGUUAAUUAUGUUAAUAUUAAUAUUAUUAAUGUUAAUUAAUAUUCUGAAUAUUAAUAUUCAGAAUUUCAGAAGUGGGCAUUCAAGACCAUGGGGCAGCUGUCAGAGGUGGACAGUCAUCGCCAUAAAGACCAGGUGUUCUCAUGAUGGCAUUUUUCUCUGGAAGUGAUCAGUUCAUGAUACAGUUUACAUCGGAUAUAAAAGUUUUGGUAAACUGUUUCCAUUCAGCUGCCUCCCCACUCCGAUCACCCAUUUAAGCAAGGCCUUGAUUUAAAAUCAUCUGGAAAGAGCCCCCAGUGGCUUCUGUGAAGUUUGAUGCCCAAGAAGCCAGAUCUUUGGUGAAAAUGGGAGUUUAUAAAACAAAACCAAACCCUAUUAUUUCUUACAAAACAACGAUCCUGCCAGAGUCCAGUCUCAGACUGUCUUGCCUAUUUGCAAUUCAGACUUGCAAUGUGAGGAGAGAGAAUGGACUCUUUCUCUCUGGAAAAGGAAAAAAAAAAAAAAUCUUAGUUCUGGGUCUAGUAGUUUUCAGUAUUGAAGAGAAUGCAUUCGGGCUACAAGGCCCCCUGGUGAGGGAACACCUCCUCUCACAAUAUUCUGAGUCACUCAUGUUUUUUUAAGUUUUUGUUUAAAACCUUACCUCUUCAUGCCUGUCUGGAGUAAACCACACACAACUGGUUUCCUUUCUGUCUCUGCUUUUCUGGCUAGGUCAGAGGGAGGCUUUCGUGCCACUCUGAGGUAGGGAAGUCUUGGGCAUUGGCCGGCAGCGGGAGCCUGGUUCAUUGCUAUACUGACUAUAGGAAAGGUCUGCUCGUCUCCAGGGCCUCCAGCUGCCAAAGCAGCCCCGUCUGUGAGGGCAAUGCUUGGAUUCUCCUUAGCAGCUAGGGGAUUCAGUGCAAAAUCUGAGACUCUGAAGAGUCUGUUCUUCUCCUGAUGCCAGUUUGACAUGUGCUUUUAAAAAGCAGCCUUUGAGAAACCGGUCCUUACGUGUGGGGAGUCACAGGGAACAGAGGCACUCAGGGCGCAAAGGGGCGCUCCGGUGCAGGAGAGAGAAGUGCAUUCCUGUCCCAAGCACCGGGGUGAAGGCAGCCCACCCUUCAUGAAGAUGUUGUUAAUGGCAUCACAAUUACUGUUUAAGGUCAAGAUUCUGAUGUACUAGCUUAUAAUCUUAUUCUUCCCAGGCAAAACAAAUCAAUGUUACAGCCUUCCCCCCCCCUUUUAAUCUUUCUUUGGCCUGGGUGGGGGGAGAGGGAGUUGUCAACUGCACAAUCUUUGAAGUGUAAGUUAAUUUUUUAUGUGAUAUUCCAGUAUAUAUUUUAUUCAUUAAAUUUAUUUGAAAACUU